AUGAGCAUAAAAGAUAGCCUGAGAGAUGGACUGAAGCAAUCUAUGAAAUCCAAGGACGCCAGUACUUCAACCGUUAUUAGAUCGUUAUUGAGUGAAAUAUCAUACUCGGAGAAGGAAAGCGCAGACGUGGACGAGAGCAAAACUCUCAAGCUUGUCCAGAAGGCGAUUGCUAGGCGUAAAGAUUCCGCGGUACAGUAUGCGCAAGCACAGCGUCAAGACUUGGCUGACAAGGAGAACUUUGAUAUCUCUGUUUUGGAGAGGUACAUUCCAAAGCCAUUUAGUCAAGAUGAAAUGAAAAGUCUGAUCAAUACCGUCUUGAAUGAAGCAAAGUUGAAUAUUGCUGAGCUGGAUGGCAGAUCUAUGGGCCAAGUGAUUAAGGAAUUUACUGCUAAAGCAGCCGGACGCGCAUCUGGCGGUGACGCAUCUAAACUUAUCAAGGAAAUGAAGAAUCAACAGUAG